AUGACUCGGCCGCCUCCUGGCGUGAGUUUCGCGCAGUUCUUUCCAAACGCUCCCAAAGUGAGAGCAGAAGCCCAAGGCCGGGCAGAUCGCGACCGAUCGCGGCGCAACAGCAUUCAAGACGGUGAUUCAUAUCCAGAGUCGGCUGCUGGCGCGCUGAAUGCAAAUGCAAGCGGUUUCGCUCGGCCGUCACAAUUCAAUAUCUCAACCGACGCCCCUCACUCACAAACCGACGAUCACGACACUGCUCUGGGUGAUAUACCCAGUACGGUUGGAUCUGCUAGCUCUCAUACGAGCUCAGCGUCCUCUGUAUUUAGCAACUCACAAAAGCACACCACAACGACUAAUUCAUCCCUUGUAUCCGCGAGAACCACACCCCUUGUCCCGCGGGACUCGCCGUCUUUUUCUCCCGUUCCCUCAACCUCCAAGUCAGAAAUGCCUCCCCUAGAAACAGCCGACCACGGCUCCGGACGCAGUCAUGCCGCCGCCUUAAUACAAAAUCGCAAUGGUAUGAAUUCAUUUGGCUACCAAUCUACUGAUCGGCCGUCGGCUCGAGAUCCAUUUCCAUCUGUCAAAGGCCUGAGAUGUACAUAUGAUCCGAUCCUCGAUCGAGCACGUAACAAGGGAGGCAGCAAAACGUCUAAGCCGACAUAUAAAGAAUUUGGAAUGGACGAUGACGCUCCCCCUUCGGACCCGCGCUUGCAAAAGCCUGGAGGCCGGCUUGGCUACAUCAAUACCGACUACUAUUUACCCAAGGCUCGACUACGUCCCGCGCCUGAGAACCUCAAGCCUUAUGCAUAUGAUCCAAAGACUUCCAUCGGCCCCGGCCCGCCCACUCAGAUUGUCGUCACGCGAUAUAAUCCUCUUAUUCCCUUCAAUAAGGUGACGGCUGUCUUCGCAACUUUUGGAGAAAUUGCAGAAAGUAGCAAUAAAAUGCACCCCGAUACAGGGAGCUAUCUUGGUUUCGCUACCUUUCGAUAUCGGGACUCUAAGCGCUCUGGGCGCCCGACAAUCUCGGCAAUUGAUGCAGCUCGACGUGCUGUCCGUACCCGUGCAAUCAAAGUUGAUGCGGACAUUGUCAAGGUUGAUUAUGAUCCGGAGGGGCGUAAGAGCCGGCGGAUGCUGGAGGAGCAUCUCAAAAGAGAAAGGGAAAAAUAUAACAAGGAGAAACUAGCCCGAGAACAAGCUGCUUCAAAACCUCCCCCAACAGGACCAAAGUCCUCUGCACCGGCAGCACCUUUCGUUCGACCCCCUCCAACAGCACCCAAGGGGCCAGCUGGUCCAAGACCAGCUGCUGCUAUCGCAUCACCGCAGCCGUCAGCGGUGCCUACCAAGUCACAACUACCAAUCGAGCCGCAGAAUAUUUCAUCGCAACUGGCGAAUGACCCUUAUAUUUUUAUCGCUUCGGACGACGUGCCAAUAUUACCUAGUAUCGUACCGCACAUGAAGAAACGCUUGAAGAACUAUGGUUUUGAAGAAAUCCGUCUCGACCGUACCGGAUUCUAUGUUGUCUUUCGAAACUCAUUUACGGGGAAGUCGGAAGCGGAGCGAUGCUACCGAGCCGUCAAUCAUACCGAAUUCUUCAAUUAUGACAUGGCAAUGCAACUUUGCCUGCCUCGGCCAACUCGAGGAGCCGACUCGGAACGCAGACGGAGUCCCCCUCCGGCACCUACAAGAGACAGGGACAGAGACAGGGACAGAGAAAGGGACCGGGAUACGUCAGCCCGGCAACGACACGAGGAAAUGAAACGACGUCGGCGUGAAGAGGAGGCAGACCUUGAUGAAGAAAAGAAGCAAAGAGCUAAGAACUUUGACCCUGUCUUCGAGGCUGUGGAGGCUGUUCGUCGAGAGAUGACAGAGCACCUCAUCAGACACAUUCGGACCCAGGUGGCAGCCCCGUGUCUCUCUGACUUUCUCAACCCAUCCAAUCAUGUCGCCAAGCGGCGGAAGCUCAACCUGGAUCAGUUCGAUGAGGAUGAAGAUGAUGAAGCCAACAAUAGUCCAAGAAUUGGAACACCAAACUCAGGAGCUGAUCCAAUCGAACGAAGAACUGGGCGUCUUGAACCGAAGGCACUUCCCAGAAUACGAAAGGUCAAGACCAAGGGCCACCGCAACAUGUUUGUCGAUCCAUUCUCACGGAAACGCCAAGCAACUGGAAGAAAUGCCUUCCGCUCCCUGCACCAUCGCCUGAAAAGCCUGGAUAGCGAUUUCGAGUCUGACGAGGAUACUGAUACUAGAGCGCUGGCUGCUCGUGACACCGAAGAACCAGAAUCGCGACCUCGGAGUCGUAUGAGCACGGAUGAUGAAUUCGGCUCCUGGGGUCGCGGCGGAGACGACGAUUCUAUGACAGAAGCUAGUCUAGCAGUUGUGGAUCGUUCAUCAUCCAAGAAAAGGAAGUUGGAAGCUUCUCUCGAGAAGGCCUUUAAGCGACAAAAGAAGUCUGACGAGGAGCUGUUUGGGGUCAAGAUCAGUCGUAUCGAUACUGAUAUUGACGGACGUGAGGCGUCUACCGAUAUUGGGGCGGAUCUCGAUCUGUUAGGUGACCUCGACAGUGGCUUGUCUAGGUCCGAAACACCUGUGCCUCAAACUUUGAAAGGCGCGAGAAAGAAGUCGGUGAAACCAAAGAAGAAGACCAAGAAGCAGCUUUUGGAGGAGCAGGCGGCCUUGAAGAAGCAGCAAGAUGCAGACAUUGGCAAUGAGGACGACGAAGACGCUUCUCUGCCGGCCAAGACAGAGGAAGAUGCCAUUCCAAAACCCGAUACACCUAUAGACACGUAUGAUGAGCGGCUUUUCUCAACCGAGCCGCUAACCGCCGCCCUCAUUUUACCUGACGGCUUCAGGCCUGACAUUGCCGCACUGCAGAGACUUGCUCUUGGCCUCAAAGAUCAGCCCGAUCUGGCAAAACUGCAGCGAAAGUUCAGUACAGCCAACAUUGGAAACCCAGAACUUUGGUUAUGGAAGCGCAACCGUGUCAGAGAGCUUAACUCGAAGAAUAGCUCUCUGGAUCACCCGGUGUCCAUUGAGGGGUACUAUGUGCCAAACGUCACGGGCUGCGCUCGUACUGAAGGGGUCAAGAAGAUUCUCAACUCUGAAAAGUCCAAGUAUUUGCCCCACCAUAUCAAAGUGCAAAAAGCCAGGGAGGAACGUGAGGCCAGGUCCAAGAAGAAUGGCAAAGACAGUGUCAGUGCUGCGUCAGAGGCUGCCAAAAUUGCAGCGGAGAAGAUUGCAAAGGGCAACUCCCGUGCUAAUCGUGCGACGAACCGCCGUUAUGUGGCCGAUUUGAAUGAUCAAAAGAAGACACUCGGGCAAGACUCUGACGUCUUCAAGUUCAAUCAGCUUAAGAAACGAAAGAAGCCGGUUAAAUUUGCUCGAUCUGCAAUUCACAACUGGGGUCUCUAUGCCAUGGAGAACAUCAAUAAGGACGAUAUGAUUAUUGAGUACGUUGGUGAGGAAGUGCGCCAGCAAAUCGCAGAGAUCCGAGAGAACCGCUAUCUCAAGAGCGGCAUUGGAAGCAGCUACCUGUUCCGCAUUGAUGACGAUACUGUCAUUGAUGCAACCAAGAAGGGGGGCAUUGCACGAUUCAUCAAUCAUAGCUGUAUGCCGAACUGCACCGCCAAGAUCAUCAAGGUCGAAGGCAGCAAGCGAAUCGUCAUCUAUGCCCUCCGUGACAUUGCCAUGAAUGAAGAGUUGACAUACGACUACAAAUUCGAGCGAGAGAUUGGUAGCUUGGACCGCAUCCCAUGUCUUUGUGGCACUGCAGCUUGCAAAGGCUUCCUCAACUAA